AUCGGCUAUACUGGCGCCACCUAUUGAAAACAAAAAUGGUGGCCAACAAUAUGCCCUAUCCCUGCCCUGGUUUUAUGGCACGCCAAAUGUCUGCGUUCUCUAGGCUUCUUUCUACUAUGUAUUUCCCUCUGACUGAUAUACCCAUUUUCGAUGUGAACAAAGGGAAUCAUUUCCUCGCGGUCGACCCUAUUUUACGUGCUAAAUAAGUGGGGCUACUUCUAACCAAACCGAAGGUGAUCCAAAACUAUCGAAUAUUUUGCGAAAUUAUAACCGCACCAGCUUGAUUCGUCGUGUCAUUCACCUUAUAUAAUGAAACACGAGAAAACAAUCUAGGAUUGUGGCAAUGCAGUAAGGAGCAGAAUCCUAUAUGUUUAACUAAUACAGACUGCAAGAUAGACGUUUUUAAUUUGCUACACGUUAUGUACGAAUUACGUAAAAAAUUUCCAGUCGUCUGUGUAACCUGUAUCAUCCGAGUCAUUUAACAUAAUUAAUGAAAUGUCAAAUAAUCACAGAGUCAUAUUAGGUUGCUGAAGUUCAUAUACACUGGUAAUGACAGAUAGGGCACGCACAAUGAGGUUGGAAGCAGACAUGGCUGCUCCUUUGCAUCUGCAGAGAUUGGAGCGCAGCCUCAAUGUACAGCCCUUUUUGAGGCAGAUCAACGAAUUGUUUGAAGAUCCAGCUAGUGAUGAUGACAAAUCUGUAUCAUCAAAAUCUUCUGAAGGAUCUGAGAAUUAUCUUGAUAACGUACUGAUUCGAAAAGAAGAAAAACGAAUUAAUAAGUUAAGGCUUUAUAAUAUGUCGAGUGUGGGGGACGAACGCCGUUGGUUACAAGAUAUUCUUUUAAGUGAUUCGUCUGAUAGCUCUGCUGCAGGAUCUGAUACGGAUAGUCCAGUUACAGAAGAAGAUUUUCAAGAAAUGUUAAAGUUUCACAUACUUAGGAAAAAGUAUCAAGGUCGCUUCUAUCAGAAACCAGAGAAUAUACAAUACCAGUAUUAUAGUGCUGGCUUAUUAUCGAAUUAUGAUAGAUUUUUAGAGCAUCAAAAAUUAAUAGUUGGAAAUAAAAAGAAAAAGGAGAAAAAACCAGAUAAGAAAGUUAUGAAGAUAAAGAAGGAAAAAAUUCCUCGUCAUAGACCAUCUGAAGAUUAUCCUGAAGGGGAAUAUCCAGACGACGAGUGGGAUCGCACAAUGCCUAGAGAAGAAGAAUUAGAUGAAGCUGAAUUAGAAGCAAUAAUGCGCCAUCAACCUCGUCAGCGUGGCAGAAAAAAGCAUAAUAACAAAAGCCCGGAAGUAAUGGCGAUGAGGAGACGGAAAAUUUGGGUGAUGAUGUCUAAGAAAGAACUGGGGAAAGUACAAAGAGCAAAAACCAAUAAUCAUAAGGAAAUGUUAAUUAGUUGUAAGAAGGUAGCACAACAUUGUAUGAAAUAUUGGAGGCAAAAGGCUAUGCAAUCGCAAAAGAAUAUGAAAGAAACCAUAUGGCGAGCAAAGCGUCUAACAAGGGAAAUGCAAUCUUACUGGAAACGCUACGACCGUGUGGAACGCGAAACCAGGAGAAGAUUGGAGAAGGAAGCUGAAGAACAGAGAAAGAUGGAUGUAGAACUCAUUGAGGCAAAACGACAACAAAGGAAAUUGAACUUCCUCAUUACACAAACUGAGCUUUAUGCUCACUUUAUGUCUCGCAAAUUAGGAAAAGCUUCACCCGAGGAACAGUUGAGAAUAUUAAAUCAAUUAGACGAAGAAAAGAAUCCAAGGCUUGUUGGGAUUGACGAUUACGACAGCGAAACUAUGAAGCAAAAAGCAAAGAGGAACGCUACCGAAGCGUUUGAUAACGAAAGAGCCAGAGCAAGACAGUUUGAUACCGCGGCUGCAUCUCAAGAAUUACGCCUUAGCGAUACUCCAGAAAAUUUAGAACAUCCUCAACCAGCGAUUUUUAAGGGAAACCUUAAAGGUUAUCAAUUAAAAGGGAUGAAUUGGUUAGCUAAUUUAUAUGAUCAGGGAAUUAGUGGAAUUUUGGCAGAUGAAAUGGGCCUAGGAAAAACUGUACAAUCCAUAGCGUUUCUUUGUCACGUCGCUGAAAGAUACUCCGUAUGGGGGCCAUUCUUAAUCAUAUCGCCGGCUUCAACGUUACAUAAUUGGCAGCAGGAAAUGGCACGAUUCGUGCCAAUGUUUAAGGUAGUUCCAUACUGGGGAAACCCGCAGGAACGCAAAAUAUUGAGACAGUUUUGGGAUACUAAAGAUUUGCACACGAAGGAAGCUUCGUUUCACGUAGUAAUAACUAGUUACCAAUUAGUCAUUACCGACUACAAGUACUUUAACAGAAUAAAAUGGCAAUACAUGAUCUUAGACGAAGCACAAGCUAUAAAAAGCACCAGCAGUAUGAGGUGGAAAUUGUUGCUUGGAUUCAGUUGUCGCAAUAGAUUGUUACUUAGCGGCACACCUAUUCAAAAUAGCAUGGCAGAAUUGUGGGCGUUGUUACAUUUUAUAAUGCCCACUUUGUUUGAUUCUCAUGACGAGUUUAACGAAUGGUUUUCGAAAGACAUUGAAAGCCAUGCUGAAAAUAAAACUGGAAUUGACGAAAAGCAUUUAUCGAGGCUGCAUAUGAUCUUAAAACCCUUCAUGUUGCGAAGAAUAAAGAAGGAUGUAGAGAAUGAGUUAUCCGAUAAGAUCGAAGUUAUGGUGUAUUGUCCCCUCACAACACGACAAAAGUUACUUUACUCCGCACUGAAGAAGAAAAUUAGAAUAGAAGAUCUACUACAUUACACAGUAGGUGGCGGCGAUACUGCUACUAACGAUAAAAAUUUCACAUCAAAUCUUAUGAAUCUAGUCAUGCAAUUCCGAAAGGUUUGCAAUCAUCCAGAACUGUUCGAGCGCAGAGAUGCUAAAUCUCCAUUGUUCAUGCAGACAGAAUUUUACGAGAUGCCUGCGUUACUGUAUACAGAGGGACUCGUGCACCUCUCGUUGCCAUCCAAAGAUCACAUCUUGUAUAAUAAAUUCUUCAUAUUUGCUACCGAAUAUAUUCAUCGAACUCUUCAUGAUGGCAGCGAACGGUUUACAGAAAAUCCCUUCUCGUUUAGUAGAUUUAUUAACUUGUCCCCGAUGGAAAUGAAUAAAGUGUUCAUCAUUGGUAUUUUAUUCAGAUUGUGUCUUGCAACUAUGAUGGAAAGGAGAAUAAAAAUGACACGUUAUUGGGAAGAUUGGAGCGCCGACGAGAGAACAGAAAUACCUAGAAAUCAAAUGCUUCUCUUACCUAGAAAAAUCGACUCCUCGUCGCGAGCAAUGGGCGAUUUAAUAUUCACAAGGAAGAUUCUCGAGGGCGACUCUGUAUAUACACAUACGACACACAUUAUUCACUCGAUGCCGGAGACCGUAGCUCAUCGAAUUUUACGCAGCAGUAAAAAGACUGCUCAGUCGAUAAAGAGAAUACUUCCUUCUACUAAAGCAGAACAAGAAGACACAAAGGUGACCUUGCUACCAGAGCAUCUUCAUCUUCCGAGACCACCGAUAAUGAGACAUUGUCAACAAACUACCAUUCCAUCCUUUAUCUGCGAUACUUAUCCUAAGGUACAAGCUAGUCCCAGAAAAUUGUAUGUCAGUAGUAGUGCCGCAGCGUGUGCGUGGAGGAGACACGAGGAAUGUGGUGGGAAAUUCGGACAAAGACUUCUCUGGCUCGGUUGUGAACAAGCGCUUUCCACUAUGGCGUUGCAAGGGAACUCUAGUCCUUCCCUAGCACGAACUACGUCAACGUUUUCUGUUCAACCUCAGGGUGGAUUAUCUGCGUGUACGCCUAUCAAUGGAUGGUCGAACAUUAUAGUACCAGAUAAGCAAACGUUGGUGACAGACGCAGGGAAACUUUCAGUAUUGGACAGCCUUUUGCGCCGCCUGAAGGAACAAGGUCACCGUGUUCUUAUUUAUUCUCAAAUGACGAAAAUGAUCGACUUAUUAGAGGAAUACAUGUAUCACAGGAAACAUACUUUCAUGAGAUUGGAUGGCUCCUCGAAAAUCUCAGACCGACGAGAUAUGGUCGCGGACUUUCAGAAAAGGGCGGACAUAUUCGUCUUUCUGCUGAGCACCCGAGCUGGAGGCCUGGGAAUAAACCUCACCGCCGCGGACACGGUGAUCUUCUACGAUAGUGACUGGAAUCCUACCGUAGAUCAGCAGGCCAUGGAUCGUGCUCACAGACUGGGACAAACGAAACAGGUCACAGUCUAUAGACUAAUUUGCAAAGGCACCAUCGAGGAGAGAAUACUGCAGCGUGCUCGAGAAAAGAGCGAGAUACAACGCAUGGUGAUCAGUGGCGGAAACUUCAAGCCGGACACUCUGAAGCCCAAGGAGGUUGUUUCUCUUCUGCUGGAUGAUGAAGAAAUCGAAGCUAAAUACAGCCAACGGAGCGAGGAGAGAAAGCAGCACGCGGAGGAUGCUCGACUCGAGUCGAACCUAUACCACAAGGAGAGGGACCGGAAGAGGAAGUUAACCGCGCUUCCGGUCAAGGGCGACGCCAAGAAACCUUGCCUGUCAGACGCAAACGGCGACAAAAUUGGCGACGUCCAGUCCAACUCCAACGAUAGCAUUCAAGUCAGUGGGACCGUUCAAUCGCAUCUUGCGAACAAUCAUCAACAGAUUCUCGACACAGCCGACGAUUACAGCGUACCAACCAGUCCUGUGAAAUCGGAGGAUGAAACCAGCAACGACGGCUUGGUGGUGGACGUGGACGGUCCAGUGGGGGUAUCUGGCGGUGACUCUCGGCAACUGCGAGUCGCCCAGUUCGGAGAACCCUGCAAGGUCAAUCGUCUGGACCACCACGUGCCCUACAGCGGUGGGUCUACGAUACGAAUGAGGCCCACGAUACGCGGCACCAGUAAACGUGGUAGACCUCGUGGUUCCCGCAGAGGAGGCCCUGUGGGAGGUAAAGGCAGAGGCCUUCUGUUGCUUCAUCCACCGUCGAAGGGUGCCGUUGGGAGCGAUCCUCAAUCUCCAGCAUCAUUGUCUCCUAACAACAGCAGCACGGCCAGUGAGCAGACUUUGCAACACGGUCAAGGAACAUCCGGUCCAGCUGAAGGCGACGGCCCCAGCACGGUGGGUCCUCUAGGUCCAGUGGGUAGCCUGGGCCCUCUGUCAGGCAGAGGAGGUGCGCCAACGAUUCGAAGAGGACCCGGACGACCUAGACUCAGACCCUCGGGUCCAGGCCACCAAGGAUACCGUACCUCUGGCCACCAUCACGGCAGGAAAGUCCAGCGGCCGCUUCCGGUGCCUUUGAGGUCCCAGCAGACGAUCGCCACCGUCAACCAACACAAGUCUUCUGUCCAACGUCCCUCCGGAUCUGGCUCGUCGAUCUCCUCCUCGUCCAUGAACGCCACCACCUCCUAUCCCUCCUCAGCCGAGUCUCGACCGUUCGGGUUCUACACGCAGCAGCAGCAGCAGCAGCAGCAGCAGCAGCAGCAACAGCAGCAGCAACAGCAGCCACGCGGAUCCUCCUAGCUUUCGGAGGGCGAAUUCCUUCGAGUGAUCCUCGAAGGCGAUUCCUGAGCCCCAGCUCUCGUUGGCUGACUUUCGAACUCCUGCGCGACUCGUUCGAGAACGAUUAUUUUCCGAUCUUGCUGGCCGAACCUCACAGGAGCGUCCCCUGGACCUGACGGAGGUCGAGGGAUGAAGAACUUGCUCCUAUCUCGAAGAACUCUUCAUCCUUGGACAGGCUUGAGGAUCUUCGUCGGACAAACGCUUUCGGAUGGACUCUUAUUUCUAGGUAGCUUCGGGAUUCUCGUCGGAAGUACUUCCUAUUCUCCCUGUUUGAACUGUGCAGAUCGAUGGUUUUCACCGAUUGUCUCGGCCUGCGUUCAGCGGCGUUUAACGAAGGGGACUUUUGAUUCAAGGACUUCAUGGACUCGAUUCGUCACGGUAGUUAGCGGCGAUUUCACGCUCAAAUAGUGCAAUGCAGAUCUUUUAACGGACUUGGUUCGUUCGCGUUAGUGAAAUUACGUAGAAUUUGCGGGGUGAACAUGCUUCGAGGUUCGCGAGGAACAAGUAACAGUGAAAAGAAAUUUUUGUGACGAAGAAAUUACAGGUGAACAAGAUUGUAGUUUCAGUGUUUGAUUUAAUCGAGAAUCUACGUUCGCAGUAUGCACGAUACGAGGUUCGGAGCGAACGUGUUCAAUGCGAAUUUCAACGUAAGGUUCAAAAUUCGCAGUAAAUAUCUUUCGUAAUUCGCGGUGAACAUGUUUCGAGGUACGACGAACAAGCACCGUCGUGAUUUUUUGCGUGUAAAGUAUAUAUGUACAAAGGUCGGUAUUUAAGCGAUUGUUAAUCGAUUAAGGACAAUGAAUUCAAAGCGCGAAAUCGUCUAGGCAAUUUGUACAAAUUAAAUGAAAUCACGCCACUCGUUGUUAGGUACUUAAUAGAAGUUCGAGCACACAGGAUUAGUAAGAUGAAUUGAAAUUCAAAGAAAAAGAUGACGAAGGAGAAGGUGGCCGACAGUAUCUCGACGAAGGAAGUUUACUCUGACGAGAGAUCCCGGAAGGACGUCGAACGAUCCGCGAGGAAGUUCUUGCCAUGGAAGCUUCGACGCGACACCAGUAGUUUCUCGAAACGAAUACGAACAAAGUGGCGAACAGCACCGUGACUAGCUUUCGUUUAUUUUAUUUCUUCUAGUUUUAUUUAGCAAGUAUCUAUAGAAAUAAAUUAUGCGACGAGACGCGAGCGACCGUCGAGCAAAUUAGAUUGAAUCAAGAUGGCGGCGAUGUAUUGUCUCGAGAAUCGACAAACCGCUCGACGAAGCGAAGAUCGAGAUCGAAGAAAGCUGGCCCGUUCUCGUUCUCGUUCUUCGUUCGCUUCUUUUAUCCUCACGUCUAUUUUUCUCUCCUCGCUACUGUCUCCCUCUCUCUCUCUCUGUCCUUCAACGUACUACGAUUCGUCGACGCUGUAGCACCGUUCCAUCAUUUAGGCUCGGUUAGACGAUAUUUUUUAUGCGUGGUAUGAGAAACCACGUCAUUAAGCUGAUUCGAUUUGUAAAAGAAUGGUAUUUAUAUUAGCAAUAAAUGAUUGAAAUGGCCACAAGAACUGCUGACUUUCGUCGAUUGCUUUCAGAUUGGUCCCAUGAUGCAAGAUUGAUGUAAGUGUAUUUGGUGACCCUGACGAGGAAAAUGAUCCCAUGAAUAUUUUCAGUUAUAUAGAUUAACCUUUGCAAACUUAACGGAGAGAUCCUGUAUAUGCCAUACUUUGAUUUGCUUUUUUCAAGGUA